GAAAAAAAUGUUGUAGCACAGGUUAAUUUAUUUGCAGGGUUUCCAGGCACCCGAUCAAACACAGGACAGAAAUAGCAUUUUUUUAAAAGGGAGGGAGAGGAAAGAAGGACCUGUAAAUAAGAAUAUCGCACUUUUUCCUGGAGAUCCCUCCCCCCUUCCCAAAACUCCAAAAUUUCUGCGUUGAAAACAGCUCCUCAAACUCUCAGGACAAUGAUAGGCGCAUUUAAAACGUAACUGACGCUCCUGCCUACUAUGGGCAAGGCGACAAGGCUUGCUGGGAUAGCAUACGGGCACUGAUACGACUCAUAUUCCGCCUGCAGCAUGGGAGAAUGUGCGGGGAUGUUUCAUUCAACGCGGGAACGACUAAAUAAUAUCUUGGGAUGGAGAGCAGCUGCAAGCAUUGCUUGGUCUCUGCUUCUGCUUCCUUUGUGUGUUGCUGUCUUUAUCAGCAUUAGCAGUAUUGACUUAUUCCAUCCUAUACAAUGGAUCACAAGUUCUUUCAAUGAUUUGUAUACCUCCUAUGUUGUAUUUUGUAUACUACUGAUGUCUGUGGUGAUAGUGGUAAUAAACAUAUUCAGUGUUGAAUUUCACACAGUUGUGCCUUCUAUUCCUUGCUCUCGAUUAGCACUGAUAAGCAAGAUUAUCCACCCACAGCAGGUGAUCCAUUCAGUUGCCCACGCUGUAAUGGGAAUGCUAGUGGCUUGGUGUGCUGCUGUCAUGACGAAAGGAAAGUUCCUCUUCUUAUCUGUACCUUGUACAGCUACAGAAAGUACAGCUGAUGUGGAUCCAUAUAUGUGCCUGAAUGAGUACCACCUCUUUCUCUUGCUCCUUGGAGCUUUUAUGGGUUACAGCUAUAGCCUCCGGUAUCUUGUCAACAAUUUGAACUACCUUCCUUUCCCAGUCAUACAGCAAUACAAGUAUCUACGCUUCAGAAGAUCUCUUCCACUGCUGGUAAAACACAGUUGUGUGGAGUCACUGUAUAUGGUUAGAAAUUUUUGUGCUGCAUACUACUUAUUCGGUUAUAUUCCAAGGGCAUGGAUGAUUACCACAAUGAAUCUUCAGAUUGAUAGUAAACUUCCACUUCUUGAUACAGUGUCUGGCCUCCUGGACUUCUCUCUUCUGUACCACAGCUGGUUGUGUGGUCUGUUUCUUCUGAUGUCCUGGUACAUUGCAUGGUUGCUUUUCAGGAUCUUUGCUACUGAGGCACAUCACUUUCCUGUGCAGCCAACUUUUGCAGAAGAAGCAGAUCAGUGUUUACCCAAAAUUUUAAGCAGCAAUCCUCCAUCUCUUUUAAAGUUCUUGGCUUUACAGGACCUGAUGUUUCUUUCCCAGUAUUCUUCUGUGCGACGUCAAGAAGUCUUUAGUCUUAGCCAACCAGGUGGCCAUCCACACAACUGGACUUCUAUUUCUAGGGAGUGCUUGAGUCUUCUAAAUGAUCUGACACAGAAACUGCUAAUUCACCAAGAUGCUGCAGCUGCAAAUGGGAGAUUGAAGCAGCAACCUGUCAGUGACCUGGGACAACCCUCUAGCCCUCCAGUAGCGGCCGCUGAAGAGAACCUGUUUCAGACCCCAAGGUUCAACACCGUUCCACGAACUAAUAUAUCCUCUUUGGUUAAAUCAUCUCGGCUGCCUUUUAAAACUUCGCCUGCAACGGAUCUUGGGAGCAGUUUAGGGUCACCUUUCAACCCUUCUCCUCUGAGUCGCAAUCCUGGAACACUGGAGUUAAGCUCUCCUUGGCAUGGAUCUGUCCAAAGUCCCCACAUUAUGAGAAGAGGACCAAAACUAUGGACAUCAGGUUCAGAUCUGCAGUGGACAGGCUCUCCUCAUGAACCCCAUCCCACGGUUGCUAUUACAAAAGGUACUAAUGAAGCAGUGCAACCACAAUUUAUCUACACAUGGCUGCAGAAAAAGAAAGAACAGCUGAAAAGCUUCUUGUCAAGACGAGUGCUGAUAAUGUAUUUUUUCAAUAAGCAUCCUGAGGCCUCAAUCCAGGCUCUCUUUUCUGAUACUCAGAUGCACAUUUGGGCAUUGGAAGGUUUAUCACAUCUAGUAGCAGCCUCGUUUACUGAAGAUAAAUAUGGAGUUGUCCAAACAACACUGCCAGCUAUUCUGAAUACUUUGCUAACUCUGCAGGAGGUGGUAGAUAAGCACUUCAAACUGCCUUAUGUCUCCAGCAAGCCUCCCAGAAUUUCAGGAAGUUUGGCAGACACAUCCUACAAAACCCUUCGGUUUGCUUUGAGAGCAUCCUUGAAAACUGCAAUCUAUCGAAUCACUGCCACUUUCGGAGAACACUUAAAUGCGGUACAGGUGUCUUCAGAACAUAAGAAAAGGCUUCAGCAGUUUCUGGAGUUCAAGGAGUAACCCAUUACACCACCUGUACUGUUGCCAGUGGAUAGCACCUGUUCAACAGUUUCAGAUCAGAAGAAAAUGAAACUAAUUUUACAUGUCCUACUGGCAUCUCAGAACUGUCCUUUAAGGCUAGAUCAUAAGGUGACCACGCUGGCAGCAGAAGUACCUGAAAAACUUGGAUUACUUUACCAUGACAUUUUGUAUAAUAAACUGGUUUCUUUUUAAGUAAAUAUCCUUUGGAAUAAG